AUGUAUUUCCCGGAUGCACCCGCUGACGCACAGCGGGCUCGUGCUUGUUAUAUCAUCGAGCGUAUUGACUCUGUUAAGUCCGCAUAUCCAGACUGCGGGGUGAUACUUUUAGGUGAUUUUAACAUCCUGGACGUUACGAACAUUCUAACAAACCGCACCCUAAAACAGCUUGUCCGCGAGCCCACUAGGGGUAAUAGUGUUUUAGACUUAGUGAUAUCAAAUUUAGCUUCUUACUAUAACAAGCCUGUUGUAAGCGCGCACUUAGGGUCUUCUGACCACUGUUCGGUUCACUGGGUACCUAAUCCUAACUAUGGCUCUAGCAAACUGACGGCUAAGAAAAAAGUAGUUAAAAUGCAUCGCUUUCCUGAGUCGGCCUUUGGGAGAUGGGUUAGUGCACAUAGCUGGUUUGCACACACAUGCGCAGUUGACUACUUACCGGUGGACAGUCUGACAACGUCGUUUUCUGAUGACCUCUGCAACGCAAUCAACAUCUACUUCCCGGCUAAGAGUGUCAAAAUACAUCCGACUGACAAACCCUGGAUGUCUGCCGAAAUUAAAUCACUAAUUCUGGAGCGGCACCUCGCCUAUCAUUCUGGAUCUAAUGAAAGAUGGCGACUCCUCAGGAAUAAAGUGCGCAUAGCAAUCUGUAAGCGCAAGAAGGAAUUCUUCGCCCGCAAGGUGAAGAGUCUUAAAACCUCAGCAGCAAUGGCGAAAAUUAACUAA